GUAUUUUUCUUUGUUUUUUAAAUCGGUGGGAGUGCCAGCAUCUUAGAGAUUUUUUUUUUAAUGCCUCCUGCGACCCAGACACGAGGUCUUAAAGGACUUUAGCAAGAUUUUUUCCCCCCAUUUCACAGAUGCUGAAAUGGAGGUUUCCCUAACAGGUUCUAGUCCCGGGGUCCUCACUAAGAAGUGCUAGCAAUGGGGUGGGGGGGGGGGGGCGGGGAAUUCCUGUGAAACUGUGCGGUCUCUUCCUCCAAGGGGCCUCCUUAACAGCUGUCCUGCCGGCGUCGCCAGCUGCCCAGCCAGUUCCUGUCCCUUUCGGAGCCCGCGCUCACCCCGCCUGACGCUCGGAGUCAAUCCCUGCCGGGCGUCAGGCCCGCUGCUGGAGGAAUGGAGUUCGCGGAGCUGAUCCGCACCGGCCAGGCCCAAGCCGAGCUCCUGAGGGGCCCAGAGGAGCCCCCGCUGCGUGGCACGCUUUGUAUCACCGGCCACCACCUGCUGCUGUCGCCAGGGCCCCAGGCGACUCCAGACCUGUGGCUGCUGCUGCUGCGUAACGUUGACUCCAUCGAGAAGCGGGUUGCGGGUGACUCGGGCACCAUCACGCUGCGCUGUAAGGACCUGAGAGUGUUGCAGCUGGACAUAGAGGGCGUGGAGGCGACGCUGGACAUCGCCCGCUCCAUCGAGGCGCUGUCCUCCCUGGAAUCGGUCAUCACUUCCUUUCCGUUCUUCUACCGUCCCAAAGGUUUGAGGUUGGGCGACGCCUGGCACUUCCACCCUCCCGAAUGUUACUACAAGCGAGUAGCUCGCGAGACCAGCGCGUGGCGGCUGAGCGAGGCGAACGAGGACUUCAGCUUGUGCCCCAGUUACCCCCGCGCCGUGAUCGUGCCUCGCGCGGUGGACGACAGCGCCCUGGCGCGUAGCGCCCGCUUCCGCCAGGGAGGCCGCUUCCCUGUGCUCAGCUACUACCACGCUCCCAGUGGAACCGUGCUGCUACGUGCAGGUCAGCCCCUGACUGGGCCCCAGAAGCGGCGUUGCUCUGAGGACGAGGAGCUGCUGAGAGCUGUGCUGGCGGGGGCUCGGCCCGGGGCCCGGGGCUUCAUCGUGGACACACGCUCGCCCCAGGCCGCCAAACAGGCCCGCAUGACUGGCGGGGGCACCGAGGCCAAGGCUGCCUACCCUGGCUGGAAACGACUGCACCGGCCCCUGGAGAGGGGGCGGCCCCUACAGGAGAGCUUCGUGCACCUGGUGGAGGCCUGUGGGGACCUGGAGCAGAGUAUGGACCGCUGGCUUAAUCGACUAGAGAGCUGCCGCUGGCUGUCCCAUGUGAAGGAGACUCUGAGUACCGCCUGCCUAGCAGCUCAGAGCAUGGAACAGGAAGGGGCCUGCGUCCUGGUACAUGGGGCUGACGGCACGGACAGCACCCUGCUCAUCACUUCACUGGCCCAACUCAUCCUAGACCCCUUGAGCCGAACCAUGGCUGGAUUCCAGGAACUGAUAGAGCGAGAGUGGAUCCAGGCUGGCCACCCCUUCCAGCUGCGCUGCGCUCACUCAGCCUUCUCCCACGCCCGCCCCAAACACGAGGCACCCACCUUUCUCCUCUUCCUGGACUGCGUGUGGCAGCUGGGUCGCCAGUUCCCGCUGUCGCUGGAGUUUGGCGAGGGGAUGCUAUUGGCGCUGUUCGAUCACGCCUAUGCCUCCCCUUUUGGCACCUUCCUGUGCAACAACGAAAAGGAGAGGGUUGAUUCUAGUGAAGCAAUGGAUUGGAGUCAAAUUGUUUGGGCUCAAAUUCUGGCUCACCAUUCACCUGAUGGAUGAUCAAAAGCAACCCUGAGUCUGUUUCAUCAGUAGCAAGGAGGUGAUCUUAAUAGUCACAAUAAUCUAGAGGUGGGCUAUAUGUGUGUGUGAGAGGAUUAGCUGAGUUAAAGCAUACCAAGUGCUUAACACUGUGCCUGGCACAGUGGGCAUGCAAGUGGUAAUUACUGUCAUUAUUUGGUUGACUUGUUGCUCCCAUUAGCCAUCUUUCUUUCAUCAGACUGAGACAAGGGGAAGGAGGGUUCACUCCUGUCCAAGAAGGUGGAGAUCAUAUAUUUAGUUAUCUUUUCUUGCCCAGUGGCCUCCUCCCCACCAUGUUGUUUUCACUAACUCUGCUUAUCCAGGUUAGAAACUUUUUACCUCUCUCCCCAUCCUACAUAUUCAGCUUUUCUUCUAAGAAUUUCUUAUCUUAGUCCUUUCCCGUCCAAGGCCCCUUCUACUUCCCUAAUCCAGACUUUCCUUUCCAUGUAGACCAUUGGAAUAGCUUCCUCACUGCUUAUAGUACCUUCACUUUCAUCUUUUUUUUUCUCUUUUAAACUCAUCAGUCUGCUGCUGCUGCUGCUGUCGCUUCAGUCGUGUCCAACUCUG